UUCUGGGCCAGAUAGAAAGUACAGUCUUCCCGCAGCAGAGUUUCCAUCUGGGCCAUUGCUUUCUCACCAUGGGACACCGGCUUUUUCAGGCUCGCGUUCCCCUACUCCUCGGUUUCACCAUCUUACAAGUAUUUGUCCAGAAAGUGAGGGCAGGCAACGCGACAGAUAGUGUCUCUGAACACCACAGCAAUGAUGUUGAAAAUCUGAACUCCAUUAAGACUAGGUUCUCACUGCGCCGAGUGUCAAAACCAGAUGAAGACCUGUGUUAUAUAAUCCCUGGGCAAGUGGACUCUCUGAGCAAAUGCUGCUUCAACACCACCACCAAGACUUUCCUAAUCAUCCACGGCUGGAGUGUGAGUGGAAUGUUUGAGAGCUGGAUUGAGAAAUUAGUAAUCGCUCUGUACCACACAGAGCCUGAUGCUAAUGUCCUUGUUGUGGACUGGCUCGAUCGGGCCCACCAGCAUUACCCAAUAGCAGCCAAGAAUACCAUGUUGGUUGGUCAAGACAUUGCCAAACUCAUUGAUUGGCUGGAGAAACAAGAAAAAAACCCACUUAACAAGAUGCACCUGAUUGGAUACAGCCUCGGAGCUCAUGUGGCUGGCUUUGCAGGGAGUCACACAGCUAAUAAGAUUGGCCGGAUUACAGGGCUGGACCCAGCUGGACCAGUGUUUGAAGGAACCCAUGCUCAUGGCCGGCUUUCUUCUGAUGAUGCCACUUUUGUCGAUGUUCUCCACACUUUCACCAGGGAAUCUCUGGGAAUUAGCAUUGGGAUUCGGCAGCCAAUUGGACAUGUUGACAUUUACCCAAAUGGCGGCAGCUUCCAGCCUGGCUGUGACCUACAGAAGGCUGUGAACAACAUUGCCACGUUUGGCAUCUUUGAUAUUGAGCAAUCUGUGAAGUGCGAACAUGAACGCUCGAUCCACUUAUUCAUCGAUUCCCUGUUGUACAUGGACCAGCCAUGCAAGGCGUACCGGUGUAACAACCACAGAUCCUUUGAGAAAGGGAUGUGUCUGAGCUGCCGCAAGAAUCGCUGCAACACUCUGGGCUACAACGUCAAAUGGGUCCACAGCAAGAGAAACAACAGGAUGUACCUGAAGACCAGGGCCAACAUGCCCUUCCGAGUUUAUCAUUACCAGCUGAAGAUUCACUUUUCCAACAAAGUCAAUCACUUUGACAUCGACCCCACCCUCUCUGUGUCUCUUCAUGGGACUGAGAAUGACGUGAAAGAUCUUCCAAUUGAAAUGUAAAGAUUUACACCCAAUAAGACCCAUUCAUUCCUGGUGGUGACUGAGGUGGACAUUGGAGAUUUGUUGCUGAUUAAGUUUAAGUGGGAGUCCUCUUUAACCUGGAACUCACUGUGGAAAAGGAUGAGGAGCUCCAUCGCCUGGAUCCGGGUCAAGUGUGGAGAAACACAAAAAAAGAUGAUGUUCUGUUUAAAGGAUUCCACAGUUGGAAUCUCCCCCUCUCAGGAAGUGACCUUAGUCAAAUGUCCAGCCAGCCUCAAGCUCACAUCUACUGGGAGUCCCCACGGUCACAACCACUGAGUGGAGUCUUCAUGAUGUUUCUCUGGACCAAACCGCCAGUGGCGAGCAAAUGUUUGUCCCUAAUAAUACUCACCCUUUAGAUUUUGUGUUUACUUUUUGAGAUGGUAUUUAUUUGUAUAUAUUGUAAAAGUACUGUAAAAUAUUCUGUACAAUAGUUGCAUAUGAGCCUGUUAGUUAGAUAUUGCUUGUAUUGUGAUAUUGCCAAAAUAAUUUUAAUACUUUAUAUGUUAUGGUUUCCAAAGAUGUACAGUGUGUAAAACACUGGCCCCUCCCUCUUGCUGUAAUGGUAGAAUCUACAGUGCACUGGCCCCUCCCUCCUGUUGUAUUGGUACAGGCCACAGCCCUCCCUAGGAAAUGCUCACAAAGCCACUGACAUUCUUGCACGAUAAACCUGCCUUCACUCUGGUUGGAUGUUGAAGAGGUGGAUUUGGCGUUCCAUUGCGGGGCUGCUUUAAACUGUGAAUGUGUUAUAAUCGAGACUGAGGCUGACCUUGUUGGACUAGCUCACCCUGUAUAAACAUCACCCCCUUAGCAUAUACACAUUGUGCAUUUGGACACCAGCUUUCCUCUUUGUUUACCUGGUUGCCCUGUACAACACAAACCCAUAAUUUAGUACCAGGCUGUCAUUGUCAUCUAGCCCCUGGACAAGUUUUACCAUCCCAGCAAUGCUGAAUUUGGGCCACCAACCCUCCUGGAUCAAUACUGUUUGAUCAACACAGGAAAAAAAGAGGAAUAGCUUUCAAACAAAAUGAUGUGUGAUUUCCUUUGAACAUUUUUAUUCGGAUAUGAAAACAUCGAAGGUGACAAAGAGAUUUCUCCAGAAUCAUAUCCAAGCAGAGUUGGUAACUAAUUGUGGCUGUCUUUUAUAUGAGGACUAUUCUGUAACCCUCAGCCUAUACUUUGGCCUCCCCUGCAGUACCUCAUACAUCUGUUACAAGCACUUUACUGAACUGCACAUCAGGCCUCCCCGAGAUCUGCAUUUGAUGAGUUACAUCUCAUGAUGGCAGCAGUUGAUGGGAGUUAGGAAUAAGGUUCAAUCUGUGUUUGAAGAAUGUUUUGUAAUUUUCUUGAUUGGACCUGUCCUCAGUGUGUUUCAAUAAAACAAUGAAUUUCAGGAGCUCAUCAAACAAGGCCUUUAGCAGAGAAAGAUUGACAGGCUGAACACUGUAGCUUUCGCUGUUGUGGAAUAGCUGGCUGGUGCUGCACCAUGAUAUUAAUGAACGUAAACCGAGCUGUAUGUUCCUAUAGCAACCAGGGUAUCUCAAACACAAGUUGUGACAGGGAGUGACAACAUGUGCAGCCACUAGGCCUCUAUGUUGAGAUCAGUACUGUUGAUGUAAAUAUGUACAGAUUCAACUUGCUCUAAUAAACCAACUGAUUUAAA